AUGGACGAGCCUGCAAUUACUCGAGAGCCCAUUAGGAAGCGUGCCAGGAUCGGUAACAAGUGCGAUCCGAUAUCGUUUCCGAGCACCGGUAUCACCUCGCUACCCGUUGAAAUCAUCUUCGAAAUUCUCUCCUAUCUCCCCGCCAAGGAUCUCUGCGUGGUCGGCCACGUGUCCUUACUGUUCAACCGACUCGCCUACGAUCCGUUUCUAUGGCGAACUUACGAGGUGACGAACAGCGAACAAGGUACGGACGAGGUGAUCAAGGAGCUGAAGAGGAUGCCUAUGCUGAGGAAGAUCAGCUUAAACGUUCGAGCGGACUGCGACGAUAUCCUGCGGCAGCUCUCCCUGACGAACAAAAAACUGGAGGAGCUGCACGUUUCUAAUUGCACAGGUUCCACGUCGAAAUUGUACCUACGCUCGGGACAUCUGAUCCGCAUACUGGAGAGAUGCCGUAAUUUGCACACGAUCAAUAUAUUGGGCAGUCGAUUUCGCGGCCGGAAGUUCUAUCGACUGUUGGGCGACAUGGGUGCACGAUUGAGGUCCGUCCACACGCCAGCCACCGGGUCACAGUUCUGCACGUUCAUCAAGCACGCGAGCCAGAUCAGCGAAAACGAUCGCGAGACAAUCUGCUCGAUGUACAUUGGCGCGAAAUGUUGGGCGCCCUUGUACUACUUCGUCGCGAAACGAGCUGACCGUGUGUCUACAGCUCUCAUCAGCUAUCUUCACAACGAUAUUGUGCUGAUCGACGCCGAUCGACCACCUCGUAAGUUCUCCAUUACGGAUAGAAGAAACUCGUGA